AUGUCGAAGCCGCCCGCCAGCCCCGACGUGCCUCCGCGCGAGAAGUGUCGGCUUGCAGAAAUCGUCCAGUACAAAUGCGACGGCGAGCUGACGGGCGACGUCCCGGCCGUGCACUGUGUGCCCAUUCCACGCAUAUUCAGAAUCUGUCCGAACAGGCCAGCGGUGGAACUCACUCGCUACGUGGACAUCAACCUCGAGACAGGCGCCGUGCAAGUACCCUCAAGUCAAAUGAUUCCCAAGGGGAAACCAUGGCGUGAGGUGUUGCGACGCGACCCCAGACUCUGA